ACAUUUGUGGCGGGGUUUGUGAGGUUGUCUUCUUAUUGACGAACGCUGGUAGUGUGGAACCUGGUACAAAUGCGUAUUUGUUAAAGUUGUCCUACUUCAUAUAACAGCGGUAAAAGAAAAGUGAAAGGAUAUAAAAGUGUAAAAACAAUUGUUUCAAAGUCUUUGGAUUACUUUCACCUAUUGAACAAGUACGUGUACAUUUUUAUGUUCUGUGUGGAAUUCAAUAGCUAGACCCUUUGGAUAUGUUCUCUGCAGGAAUAAAAAGGUUACAAAAACUUUAUAAACUUAUGUAAUCGUCCAAAGGUGUAUUCAAAGGGCUCUUUAUUGUAAUGAAUGUUACCCAUACAUUAAUCCCAUUGUAUACAAAAUGACUACUGAAUCUUCAGAACAAAAUAUUACCAAUUUUAUUCAACCAGUUUCAAUCCCUGAACAUAUGACGAUGGACAUAACAAAUGCUUUCUUUUCUGCUUGUCGAAUCGGACUAAAACCUGGGGAACUAUUACACCCUUGUUGGUUUGACUUGAAGUAUUCCAUGUCAGCUAUCGAGAUUAUGGACCCUAAAAUGGAUGCUCUAGUUCAAGGAAACCGGAAAGUUCUGACUGUAUGUGAGGCGUUAUCUAGUGAGCAGUUACCUUUGGGGCCUUUUUCGUCACUUUACGAGCUUUUGGGUAUCACAGAUGAACUUUUAGCUGCUUGCGUCAAUUGGCUGACGGGCGAUUCUCUUGCGCAAAGUAUAUUUAUUUGCAUGUAUAUGCACUGCACUCAGUUAAUUAGAGAUAAAUAUCUUGCUGCAUUUUGUGAGUUAUUACGACGAUCAAUCUAUCAGUUGCGUCAUAUAAUAAUCUGUGCGAAUGUCUUUGACGAAGAGGAUCAUUACAAGUUCACACAUGGUAUGCCAGUUCAUGAACCCUCAAAUAUUUUUGAUGGUUGCAGUGGCUUUCGUAAUGACUGUCUGCAUAAAUUGUCAGUGUCAGAAUUAAUAGCUCAUGUAAAUGAUUUGAAUAGAAAUCUUGAAAAUGAAUCUACCAUGUUUGCGGAUCGUGAGGAAAAACUACUUAUGGGAUUACACAGUCGUCUACAGUUUGUUCAAGUGUUGUUACUGUUCACAAAUUCAAUCUUUGAGUGUAUAAAUCCAACUCGAGUCUAUUUUGGGCAAGAUCUAUUUGAAGGAUAUACGCAUGCAGAUCUCGAUUUUUCUGAAAAAAAUCCAUCACCUCCUAAACUGUAUGAAGCUAAAAAUAACACCGAAUUUCUAUGGGACUCCUUCAUAGAUAUUUGUAGGAAAGUGUCCCAGCAUUUAAGUAGUCUGAAAUCACUGAGUGAUGCAUUAGUAGAAACUUCAAAUAUUGGAAAAAUGGCUGGUGAAGGAAAGUUUAGACCAAAGGACGCUGCAUAUGGUCUUCCAGGUUUUGAAGUUUUCUUGAAUCAAACCAAUGUACCUACAUAUAUGCCCAAAGUGGUAAAUAUUCACGAUCGUCACAAAUCAUUUGUUUAUUUUUCAAGUCUCUUUACAAGACUCAAUCAUAUUCUAUGUACAUACGAAAAUUUUGCCUUAUGGAAUGUUUUACAUCCUGAACCCCUGCGCCUUCAUAGUUUAUGGACAUUUAUUCAGAAAUCUGGUCAGAUAUCUUGUCCUUAUGUCAAAGCUCUUUUGUUUCCUGACGACUCUAGCGAAGUAAAUGAACCCAUGUUAACUACUUGUGUUUUAUCAAAGACAAUUAUAUACAUGUUUCAUUCCACUCUUAUGGGGCAAGGAGAUGCUAUUGAGCUUCAACCUCCGUUUCUCUCUCCAGUGCAUUUCCUAAAUUCAUGGCAGGAGUUAGAGCCUACUGCGUAUCGCCCACUGAUUAAAAAUAUCAUUGAUAAUAUUCCUGAACUGAUGAGUUUUUUCACUACACUUUCAAAUCAUUUCGCCCAUAUCUCUUAUAUUUACUGUCUUAACCGUUCACGCCAGCGUCCCGCUCUUGGUUUAUGGUUGGAUGAUCUUCCAAAUUUGCUUGACGAGUGUGCAAACGCCGAGUUUGUCAUUGGUGUUGAACUUAGAAAUAAACUGGCAAAUAAAACAACUGAGUGUUUUGAAUCUGUAGGAAAAUUUGAAGUUUUAUCGACGCAAAAGGCUGUUGUACCUGUUCAAAUCAAUCUGUCUUGUUUUGUAACUUAUGUGUAUUAUUACUUAGCAUGGGAUUAUAUUGUCUCUGGGUUUCAACUAGACUUGUAUUCUCCAAGUGAAUGGUUGUCUAUUUACGCUUUUAUGAUACACUUAUUCCAGAAUUUAGCUUCUUUGCUCAGGAGUUUAUCGGAAAACUGCAUCGUUUCAGGAUCUGAAGGACAACCUACUUUAGAAAAUCAAUCCGCUGAUAGUAAAGAUCUAAAUGAACAAGUUGAUAAGUGUGAUUCUGUGAAUGAUGUUGAGAGGCUUGUCAAUCGUCAAAGUAAAAAGAAGAAGAAACAUCGAGAAAAAUGCAAUGUAUCUGGUGUACAUAGUAAGGGCAUAGAAAUGUCGAAUACCACGAAUUUUAACAGCGUUGUUAAACCAAUUUCACCUAUGAUACAUGAAAUAGGUUCGACUUUUGAGGUAAGACAUUUUAUCGUUAAUCUACUUUAGUCACCUGUUUAGUUCUCAGGAGACUUUAGUGUUCAAACUGCUUUUGAUUUGAACGUUUCACGUGUAAAUUGUUUGAUUCAUUAAUAGUAGUAUUACAAUACUUUUGAGAUAUACGAUUCUAACUGACUAUAACAACUUUAGUAAAGCGAUCCAUGCGUUCAUACAGUAAUUGAAGGAACGUUAUUAUCUGCAUGUCAUUCUUAAUUGUGAAGUAUCAAAGUAAUGUGUGCUUAAUAUUUGCUGAAUACCUUUGGGGUUAAAUCAUUGAAUUAGUCAUAAAUUCGGUAAAUAUUCCUUAAUGGUUGACCAAAUUUUCUUUACACACUUAAGUUAAUUUAAUUUUUGAGUAUAGUUAUACUUUCGCAUUCAUCUGACGUGGAUUUUUAAACUAAUAUUUUUUUUAAUGAUUUGUUUUUGAGUUAAAUUUAUUCGGUAUGUUACUAAUGUUCAAAAAAGUAACUUUUGUAAUAUUUGUGACGUCGGUUGUCUAGUUUAGUAUCUGUUAGCUAAUACACUUAGUUUUUUCCCUAAAAGUUAAAAUGAAUAAUAUCAAUAUAAGUGACCUCGAUUACCACUAUGAGUGUAGUAGUCAACAAGUGGAUCCCUAAUUAUCAUUUGAAAAAUAUAUCAAAAAUUAUGAACCCAUCCCGAAAACCUAACAGAAAUUGACCUUGCAUCAAGAAUGUCUCAUAGAUCACAAAUGGACCAGUGAACAGUUCAUGAUGAGCUGUUUUCUGAGGCAAAUUAGUGAUAGCUAAAGCACCGAAUUUUGAACCAUUAGGUUGUAGAUCAGAACCCCAGUCCAUCUAUUUUAAUUUAGGCAGCCAAUUUGUAUCACUCAUCUUCAUUCAAGGAAGCGUGUAUAAUGACUUUUUAGUUCAAAAAGAUCCCUUCAAAAUCUUUUGAUAUUUUUGCCAUUUAUCCAUCAUCUGAAACCAUCUUUGUUUUUCUUUUGUCAUAUUUGAAAUACACGAAAGUCGUUAAACAAAGUUGUUUUUAGAUAAAAUCGCCAUCAAUUUGUACCUUUGUAUACGUAUUACAAGGCUUAAUUCUGUGGGGAAAUGUGUACAGUGAAUAAUUAUGAUUGCAUAAUAAUAAGUAUUAUAUUAGACCAGAUAGCGUAAACAUUGCGUAAUUUGCAUUACGUGAAUAAGCACUUUUUAACGUAUGCUUCCUUUUUCUUUUUCCGGUUUGUCUAAUAGACUUUUUGGUAAUUAUGAUACCUAUUGCAACUCCAGUGGUUAUUUUGUAAAUUUUCGGAAUCAGUCUGUUACAUUUGAUGGGAUGGUUGUGUAAACCGUAAGAUCUUGAUAAGUGAUUACAACAUAUCCAUUUUGUUUUCUGCGAGAAAUCUGGUUGAAAAGUAAGCUUUUAAUCAAGUUCUAGUAAAUCAGUCCCUUUGUAUACUUACAGCAAACAAAUUUGAAUAUUCAGAAUUUGAAAUUAUUUUCAUAUACAAACACAAUUCUUUCAUUUGCCGACUUUUGUAUAAAAGCAAAUAGAUUCACGGUUUAAUUGCUGUUAUGACAACUAAAACUUCCGUAUGGCUUUGAAUGUCCUGUCUCGUUAGAAAGUGUUUUAUUUCUUUGUUCUUAGUAAGGUAGAGUGAUCCUUUAAAUGUUAGUAUUUUGUUUAAUAAAGGCUUCUUUACUUAUGUAAAUCUAAUGUUCUCUAUUUUCAUCCUAAAUAUUUUUCCAGGUUCACUUGCUCAAUGUACAUCAAUACUUGAAUACUGCAACCCUGUAUGUUAUACGUGCGCUUCAGAGAGAUAGUGGGAUAGAAAUAAAUGUGAAUUGUCUAAGUCCGGAUCCUAAUUCUGACGGGCAACUACGUUCAUUUAUUAGUCGAAAUUAUCUGGAACCUUAUGCCAGAAGGCUUGGAAUUUUUCUCAUUCCUCAUAAUUCACCUCUAGCUGAAAUGGGAGGUGUUUCAGGGGCUUAUGAAACAUGGAGAUCAUUAGUAAGUAGUAGCAUUAUUGAUGGUCGUUCAACAAGUGAUCUUUAUCUGAUGGCAGCAAGAGCGUUUGAUGAAGCUCAGAAUUUAAUUCAGAAAACUCUGUAUUUGAAGUCAGUAGGUGAAGAAAAGUUACUUAAGUUUACACAGUCUCCUAUUGUUCUACCCCUGUUCACUGAAAAGUUAGGGCCUCCUGACCAACUCAUCGAUCUUCAACAAUUAGCGAGACGUAAUUCCAUUGCUUGCCGUGUACUUGGUGUAUGUGAAGAUCGACGGCCAAUUGUACAUACAGCCAAUCCGUCCACAAUAAAUCCUAAAAUGUCUUUUUUAUGUUCGUCUAGUCCAGUUAAAUUGGACUACAAUUUUUUAGAAAGCAAGUGUUAUCCGCUUAUUCGUCUAGCUAGUCAAUCUAAAAAAUGUUAAUAAUAGUUAUGUUCACCUGUGAAUAUCUGUUUGGAUGUUAUGAAUUUGUUUAAAGACUGGGUGUUAAAAUGAUGUUUCUAAUUAAUUCUUUCUUUUAAUGUAAUAUUUUUUAGCAGAUGCAUGUAUUUUGUAUACGGACAUUUUUUGGAACUUAGAUCUUUUUCGUUCUUGUAUAAAUUAAUCAAAUAUCCUCCUAUCCUCCUGUAUAUCAGUGUCCUCGUACUUGUUGUAAUAUAUGAAUUCUAAGCAAAUAAUUAUGUACAUAAGUCGAAAAAUAAUGAACAUAUUUAUUGGAGAUAUCAUAUUUAUCUUUAAAUUCAUGAUAGUUUAAUGUAUUAAAUAUUUUGUUUUAGAUAAAUAAACUGCCUACAAUUUUAAAUCACGUAAAGACGUCAAAUAAUAGACGAAUUUCAAUCAAGAGACUAGUUCUAAAUAUAAGCUAAGAAUUAUAACCG